CAUGGGUUCCCCCCUAUUUGGCCUUCUUGCAGAUUUUUAUGUGUCCAACCUAGAAUCUCAACUAUUUUCUUUAAAUAAUCAUUUUGCAACUAAAUAUAUUAAAUUCUAUUGUAAAUAUGUAGAUGAUAUCCUCAUUCUAUAUGAUGGUUCAGAUGCUAAUUUAAUAGCCCUAUUCAAUUUAAUAAACAAUAUCAGCAACCUUGAUUUCACAAUUGAGAAAGAAGUUAACAAUAGCAUCAAUUUUCUUGAUUUAACAAUUUCCAAAAACAUGUCUAACUCUUCCCUUAAUUUCAACAUUUUCCGUAAACCAACUACUACAGACACAAUUAUCCCCAAAAAUUCUUUCACUAGUUUCAAAUAUAAAGAAGCCGCGUUUAGGUUCUUAUUCCACAGAGCCAUCAACACACCCCUCAACACCGAAAAUUUCAAUUCAGAAAUUUACAAUAUUAUAAAAAUAGGCUUAAACAACGGUUAUAACAUUAAAGACAUGCAAAACAUUUUUUACAAAGUUCAUAACAAUAAAGUUAUCUCAUUCAUUUAUCCUCAUUAUAAACUCCCACCUAAAUAUAUUUCUAUUUCACAUUACAACCCCACAAUCAAUCAACUACACCACAUAACUAAAACACAUAACAUACACAUAGCCACUAAAAACAACACUAAAAUCUCCAAUAUGCUCGUUAAUAAUAAACAUAAAUUCCACUUUCACUUACUUAACGGAGUUUACAAAAUUUCCUGUAGUGAAUGUAAUAAAAUUUAUAUAGGUCAAACAGGGAGAAACUUAUUAACACGUUUUAAAGAACAUAAUAAAGAUAAAAAUUCCGCUAUAUUCAAACAUAUUACAGAAACUAAACAUAAAAUAAGUCUUAAUAAUAUGGAACUUAUUCAUAACCAACCUAAAUCUUUGAAGCUGGACUUACUGGAAGAAUACGAAAUAUACAAACAAUCUAAAAAUAACACAGAUAAUUUAUUAAAUGAAAUAAUAGAAAACAAAUAUUCUCGCUUAUACCACAAAUUUAACUAAUUAAUCAAAAAUUUUUAUUUUUCUUUUUGUAUUCCGUACGUGCUAUAUUAUAAUAACGUUUUUUACGCCACACCCUUAUCUUACGAUACCUUCCAAGAUUUUAUCCUUUUUUGUUGAAGUUUUUAAUCUGUGAUUUUGUUAAUCUAAUUUAAAUUUAAUUGUAAAUUUAGUUAUAAGAAAUUAGAUCUACUCCUGAACCCCACCUAUUAACUAAUUCCAUUAUAUUGUAUAAUUUUUCUAUGUACUGAAGAUGAAACAUUAGUUUUCGAAACAU